UCGGUCAUCUGCAGAGUAGACGCGGGUGCCUCGCGAUUCUGAAGCUGUAGGAUCGAUAGAUUAUCUUCAAGGAGUCGAUCUCCCUCACAGUCGUGGCUUUCCCGCUUUAUCCGGCGGUGUGCGUAGUGACAGGUAGGAUCGACGAAAGGCCGUCCCCGCAAACCGUGCCGCUUCUGCACUCCGUGAUCUCUUCGGAAGCGUUGACGGAUCCGAAAAAGAGGGAGCCACUACAUGUAAGGUGCAAAAAAGAGGGCACGACCGUAGUAACUCUAAUUUAACAGCUCCUGGCCCCAAGGAUUCGCAGAUCUCGUCGCGGAACUUACCUGAGCGUUGUUGUGAGGGUUAAGGUAGAAUAUGGCGGUGGACAGCGUGUUCAAGUUGUCGAUCACGAUCUUCGCGCUGCUGGUUUGGGGGAUUGCUGUGAAUGUUCUUCUUCCUCUCCACAGCGUGCACCUUCACGUGCUGAGCCAGCAGGUCCCCCUUCCGGGUCCCRACCUGAGGMRAUGCGGCGARCAGAGUCCGUGCUGUCUUCAAGUGCCCAAGAAGGGRGCGGWACCUKUAGAGUUCAAGCGCAACWCAUCCAUUCCCGUGCGGCGGCGUCGAUCUGCGAAGACGGCGCUGCAGAGCCCUGCGUACCUGAGGAAGCUGAAGAUGGCGUAUCGAAAGAUGAGGGAUCUUCAGCAUAGCAAUCCGGAGGACCCACGUGGCAUGGAACAGCAGCGACUGGUGCACUGCGUGUAUUGCUCCAGCGGCCUGGCGUACGGCCCCGAGUAUGAGGUGCACGGCAAUUGGUUCUUCUUGCCGUGGCACAGGAUGUACCUCUACUUCCACGAGCGCAUCCUCGCGGCUAUGGUGGGCGAUCCUCACUUCCGCCUCCUCUUCUGGAACUGGGACAGCCUGUCGGGAAGAGAGUUUCCCUUCCUCUUCCGGCCCCGGUCCUCGCCGCUGUUCGAUCUCAACAGAAACCAUGACGCUCGCAGAUUGCGAGCGCUGGUGCGCAAUGCGACGACCAGGGAGAUGCUUAGGUCAACGAUUGCCGAGGCCGAAACGCACGAGCUAUUUUUAGGCAGACCCUUGGGCAGYGCCCAGGGCGGACUGAUCGAGACCGGCAGUCAUAAUGCGAUCCACACGGCAGUGGGGAAACAGACUCCGCCGUUCCACAACAUGGGCAACCUCAGCUGGGCCUCGGGCGACCCCGUCUUCUUCGCCCAUCAUGCCAAUGUCGACAGGCUAUGGUGGGUGUGGUCACGUCUACCCACGGCGACGACUGCCAGGAGAUCCAAUCCUCCCGACACUGCAUGGCGGGACUCAAGAUUUGUGUUCUACGACGAGAACACCGUCCUCACAUCGAUCUCGGUCAAAGACGUGCUGGACACGAAGCGGAACCUGCGGUACGAGUACGAGGACGUGGAGAACGACUGGUUGCCCACUGGGAGAAAGAGGAAGUCCUCUCCCCGGGGGAACUCCUCUCAAGCCUCCAUGUGGCCGAUGGUCCUGCGCUCUGUGGCUCCUGCCCGCACGAGGGGUGAUCCCGUCGACUGCCCGCUWGUGGCGCGCACUSGCARAGYGAGCUCUGCGCSAGUSGCARCGGUYGGGAUACCGGUCGCUAUCCUGGAGUCGUUUCACCUCUCCUGUCGGUCGCCCUUCUGCUUUGACGUGUACCUCUUGGGCACAGAUCGGGACAGUGACAAAACAACCGCGAGGCUGCAUUACGUGUCGUCGUUCUACAGCUUCCCGGCGUCGGGAUCGCACUCUGGUUUGACGCGGACCAUCAAGUUCCCGAUCAAGGACGUGCUGGGCGGCGACCUUGACCGCGGUGGAAAGGUGAACUGGACGGUCAGGAUCGUUCCUCACGAGCUCGGCGCGCGGCCCACUGGCAACGUGUCCCUCCUUCUCCCGUCCGUCCGCAUCGAAGUAGGGCCCACUCGAGGUGGUGCUGCCACCCAACCAUACACGAAGGAGGAGGAGGAGAAGAUGGCCGCCAUCCUGCAGGAGAGGAAGGAGAAGAAGGAGGCCAAGAAGAAGGCCUUGAAAGAGGAACAGGCGGCCAAACUAAAGAAGAUGGAAGAAGAGAUGUCCAGGCAGAAAGAGAGGUUAAAAAAGGAAGAAGAGAAGCUGAAGGAGGUGGAUGAAGAAGAGGAAGGACCGCCACUGCAAAAGAGUGGGCAGCACAUCGGCAGCAGCAGUGAUGAGAUGGAGAAGAAGAUUUUGGAGUGGAGGAUGGCGUGGAAGCUCGCAGUGAUGAGGGAGAAGAAGAGAAGAGUGGAGGCGGCGAAUGCAGCAAUGCAAGAACUAGCGGAGGUGAGGACUGCCUUAACAACACAAUUGACUCCGCAAGUAGAUCUCCAACGCAAAAUGGAGAUCAUCGCCCAGAGCGUUGACCGGUUAGCUAAAGUGCAAGAAAAGCACUAUGAGUUUGGUCGCAGCCAGGAGAUAUCCGUGCGUUCGAUGCGAACAGGCUUACAUGAUUUUGCUCGCGAACUAGUAGGCGCUGUGGGAUCCGGGCCCGUCACGGAGCCUACGGAAGAGAAGCCGAUGAACCCUGCGAUUGCCAAGCUGCUGGAGGAGUUUAAGGAUUUGACUGAGCCGCCGACAGGCAAGGUGCCACGGCCCAUCCAGCACCGCAUCGAGAUAGAGCCUGGCAGUAGAACUCCUAAGGGUGUUGUGUAUAGGAUGUCCCCGCGGGAGUUAGAGGAGCUUCGCAAGCAAUUAGACGAGCUCCUCGAGAAGGGUUGGAUAAGGCCCAGUUCGUCUCCUUUCGGAGUGUCUGUUCUCUUUGUUCCUAAGAAAGAGGGAGAGCUGAGAAUGUGCAUAGACUAUAGGGGUUUGAAUGCUAUUACAGUAAAGAAUGCUGAGCCACUGCCUAGGAUCGACAAUCUCUUAGAUCGAGUGCAGGGGGCUAAGUAUUUCUCUAAGAUAGACUUAGAGUUCGGAUAUCAUCAGAUAGAGGUACACCCUGAUGAUCAGUAUAAGACAGCCUUCCGGACAAGAGAUAGAUACGAGCUCAAGCCUGUCAAAGGGAAGUACAACGUAGUCGCGGAUGCUCUGAGUAGGAGAGCAGAUUACUUUGGGGCAAUAGUACAUUACCUCGAUAUAGGAAAGGAUCUGCAACUGAAGGUUAGAGAAGCCUACGCGCAGGACCCUAUCUAUAGUGAGCUCCUCACGCGAGUCAAGGAGGCCCCAAAGACCGAGCCGAACUACCGCACUACUGGAGGGUUACUCUUCGAGAAGACUAAUGUCUUUGACCGGUUGUGCAUCCCCAAUAGCGAAGAGAUCAGUAGUCUGAUUAUGGGAGAAUGUCACGACAUAGAGGGUCAUUUCGGUUGGCAAAAGACYUUGGCCAAUCUGAUGCGCGCGUAUACCUGGCCAGGGAUGAAGAAUGACUGCGUAGAGUAUGUUCGCAGUUGCAAAGUCUCCCAGCGUAAUAAGAGUUCUACGCGCGCCCCGCUAGGUCUUCUCAGACCCUUGCCCAUUCCGGAUCAGCCGGGAGACUCAGUCUCAAUAGAUUUCAUGGACACUCAAGUCAAGAGCAGGCAUGGCAAGAGCCAAGUCAUUGUCAUAGUUGACCGCUUUAGCAAGUACGCAAUUUUUGUUCCUUUGCCUUCUGAGGCGCGUACUGAUUUGGUCAUACAGAGGUUCUUUGACUGUUGGGUUAGUGAGAACGGAAUCCCGCUGUCUAUAGUUAGCGGUAGAGAUAGUCGCUUUGCUAGCCAGAACUGGCAAGAACUCAUGGGAGUAUAGGGAUCUAAAUUGUUGAUGUCGUCCGGCCGCCAYCCAGAGACUAACGGUCAGACAGAGCAAAUGAACAAGAUCCUACAGG